AUGAUAUCGACCCCCAAGAAGUUUUACGAGGAGUCUAAGCAAAGUAAGUACCACUGCCGUUGGUUUUGCUUAACGAAUUGUUUCUGCUCUUAAUGGCUACCGGCCAUGAUGGCUCUAUUCUGGCUCCACUGACAAAGGCAGCAGUGCUUCUGAAUUUCAGUUUCUGGAAAACGCACGUGUGGAUCCAGCCACAUCGUUGCUGGGAUUUUUCACCCCUGGAAAGAAUGGCACCUUCUCCACAAAAGGAAUUGGCGUUCUCUCAUGUAAACCCCCAGUUUUUCAUUCAUCGGAUGAAGACAAAAAGAUCUGUCAAAGUUCAAUUCUUAUUUCCCCGCCCCCCUUCUUAAAUUCACUUCUCUACAUUUCUGCUUUGUUUUUAAAAAGUCUUCCUGAAAACUCAUCAGCAUUAUUUGUAUGCCCUUCUGACUAACUUUUUUUGCAGGCAAUUUCCCCUGAUUGUUUGUUUGCUGACGUUUCAAAUCAAGUGCUGACAAAACAGAUAAUGUAAUUCAACGGCAACAUAAAUAUUCAUUUGAGCUAAAACAAAAAAAAAUUCUUCUGCGGGUGGCAACGGGGAACAAAACCAAAGUGGGUUUCGUUGGAGAGGAGUAACACCACAAUUGUGACUUCCCUGGCAAGUCUGUCAGGUGCCCCUUCUCCCUCAGAGCUCCUCCAAUGGGCACCACCCCUCUACCUUUCGCUCCCCUCUUUCUUGGCACCAGGAGGCAAAGCCCCCCACCCUAUGCCUCUUCUUAUUCCCCAACACUGCUUGACCCUUCUCCAUACCUCUGUCCACCCCCCAUCCCCGCUUCUCAAUUCUGUCGCCACCACCCCAGCCUCUCUGGGCCUCGGCCAGACUUGCCACCCAAUCUCUGACCUUCUGUUUCCAGGCCUAAUCAGGCCCCUCUUUCUUGGGCCAAUCUGCUCUUUUAGACAAAUAAUGUUGCUGUGCUGUCCUUGUAUCAUUGUCCGAGACAGAAAUCCAUGCCACAGGUGAUUGUGAGGCCAAGGAGCGUGGGGAGGAGAGGACAUGCUGAUAUUUUUGCUAAAAAGCCAGACUCACAUAGGACCAGAAUUUGAUCCGGCCAGCUUCUUAGUUGCAGACCUGUCCUUUAAGAAGGAAUGGGCCAAAUCUCAAGGGUUGACUGCUAGCCUUCCAACCCCACUUCCCCUUCAAACCAAUACAACCCUUGGCAUUUUGCUGUGUUUAGGAUGAACUGUUUGUGUUGUUGAGCCAUCUUUGGGGGGGGGUGGCUGAUAUCGAAAGGUGGAAUACGGAUCCUCUAAACAAAUUGAAAAACUGUACCACCUCUCUUUUAGGUCUUUAUCAACGGAAGAUGAAGAUCUUAUGGGGAUCAAUGGUGUUGCUGGUUUGCAGUAAGUGGAAUCAUUGAAUAGGGUGGGAAAGGGACCCAAGGGUCAUCUAGUCCAACCCCCUGAAAUGCAGGUAUCAAAAAGUAACAGGGAGAGGAGAGAUUAAAUUAUGUUGUGCUAACAAAAGGAAGGGGGCAUACUUUUUUUUUUAAGUGUACCCCCCAUCAAACUUGACAAAGCCUACUUCUGAGGAGACCUUCAUAAUUUUGGGGAAUUCGAAUCUGAGCAACCGAAGUCAAAAUUGAAGUAGGUUGGUCUUCUUGAUAAAUGAAUCCAGAACGCAUUUGCUUCUCCAGCCAUCAUCAGCUGUGGCUUCACCUACUCCCACCCCCUUGUGGCUCCCAGCAGAUUACCUCUGAGAGGAUACAGCCCCCAAUGGCGGGGAGGGGGAGGUUGCCCACUUCUGACAUGUAUCAAAUCCCAUAAUGUAUUAAAAAUGCUACUUCUUCACACAAGGUAUAAUUCAUUUAUGGAUACCACCACCACAAGAUGUAGUGAUAACAGCUAGCACAGACCAAUUUAUUAAUGAAGAGAGGUGGAUCAAUAUUUGCUAGAGAGUAUUUGCCCCAUUUUCAGGAGCACUGUACCACCGAAAACCGUUUGCUAGAAGGGAGAGGUGGAGAAGCGCAACAGCUAGGACAGAUCCUUUUCCCUAAUAAGCCAAGCACCUGAUGCCUUGUCCGUUUCUUUGCAGGUGUUUUGGCAGUAAAUGGGAACCUCUUUCAGUUCGGAAGAAUGAUCCAAAAGCUCACUGGGAAAACGUCUUUCCCCCACUACACCACGUACGGGUGUUACUGCGGGGUGGGUGGCCAAGGCAAACCGCGAGACGACACCGACCGGUAAAUCAAUGGCUUGUGGGUUGUUGUUUUUUUACAUAACUGAUCACCUCGCUAUUAAAGAAGCGCUGUGCUGGAAAGGAUUUGUUGGUGUGGGGUCACUUGUUCUAGCCAGUUGGGGGGGUUAUUGAGUUGGUUCGCCACACUGGGGCUUUCAUUUCAUUGAUUUGCUUUUUUAUAAGGAUAUCCCACUGGGUUAUCCUCAGAAAUAUCCCCCCCACACACACACACACACCGGAUAGGCAGAAGGUUCUGAAAUGGGAAGUUUUGAAACAAGAAGUCAAAAGGUAGCCCGUGACGACAUUCACACCAUACAUGUAAAGCUCUAUGAGACCACUUUAAAAGUCAUGUUAUCUGCAAAGAAUUCUGGGAACUGUCGUUUGUCGCUGAGAGUUGUUAGGAGACACCCCUAUUCCCCUGGCAAAGCUACAGUUCCCAGCUUUCUCUGGGGAGAGGAAAUUAUUUUUAAACUACUCUGAGAAUUGUAGUUCUGGGAAGGGAAUAACUCUCAGUACCCUUAGCUCCCACCUACCGCUCCCAGAAUUCUUUAUAGCUCCCUUGGGCAGGUGAACAGCAUAGAUUUGUCUAAAGGAGAUUUCUCUUCCUUCUCCACAGCUGCUGCUUGGCCCACGAUUGCUGCUACGAAAAGCUGAAGGACUGUAACACCAACACUGACAUAUACAACUAUUCCAUCGACGAUGGAGUUAUUACUUGUGGUAAGUAGCGACAGGAGGAAAAUUGGGUUGCAUCCUUUCCUUUUUGGAGGACAGACAAUUCAUACAUACCAUGAACUAAAGGCUAUUGUGGGCCUGCCGACUUCACUAACAAAGAGGCAGGGGAUCCAUCGAAAUUUGCACUCCUCCGACAGAUGGCCGUCCUACCUCUGUUUAAAAUGAAUCAUAGUAACAGUAGAGUUGGAAGGGAACCCAGAGGUCCUCUAGUUCAACCCCCUGCAAAGCAUGACUCACAGCUAAAGAAUCCCUGAGAGAUGGCCAUCCAACCUCUGCCUGGAUAGGAGUCCACCACCUUCCAAGGGUGUCCGUUCUCCACUGUCAAACAGUAAGGUUUUGCAUCCCAAAUUCAACCCCUGGCAUCUCCUAGUACAGCUGAGAGAGACUCCUGCUGGACAUGCCACUGGGGACCUUCUGCAUGCAAAGCAACUGCCCUACCACUGAGCUUUGGCCCUUCUCCACGUUCCUUGUUGGUAGCUGCCUAAACCACAUCGCCACAGAAUCACCAACUUAGUUGAUCGCAUUUUUAGCCUCCACUUCCUCUGAGCAGCUCCCUGCCAUCUUCCUACCAACCCUAUAAGGUUGAUUACGCAGAGAGAGCGGUUACUCUGCAGGAAAGGGGCAUGGCUCAGCUACAGAGCCCCUGCCUUGCACGCAGAAGGUCCCAGCUGGCCUCUCAAGGUAGGGCUCAGAGAGACUCUUGCCUGCACUUCCGGACAGCUGCUGCCAGCCAGUGUAGACAAUACCCUGCUAAAUGGACAAGUGGCCUGACUCAGUGUAAGGUAGCUUGCUAUGUUCCUACGCAUUAAGGAGGAGGCGUGGCUCUGUGGCAGGGCACAAGGUCCCAGGUUCAAUCCCGGGCUGGAAAAGACUCCCUGUUCAAAGCCCUGGAAUGCUGCUGCCAGUCAGUGUAGACAGCAUUAAGCUAGGUGGGUAAAUUGUUUGGCUCUGUUUGCAGGAAGGGCAGGAUGAUGACAUGACAGGCUCCAUCUGUUCUCUCAACAGGUGAAGGAAGCAGCUGUGAAAAGCAGAUCUGUGAAUGUGACAAAACAGCAGCCCUCUGCCUGAAGGACCACCUGGACACUUACAAUAAGGAGUAUCGCUUUUACUCCGACAAGAACUGCCAGGAAGGGCCGAUGAAGUGCUGA